UCCUGGGGAAUAUCAUGGGAUCUUCACUUUAUAAAGAUCAGCGCCAGCAGCAGGCAGCCCUGUUCAUUGUAAGAGAUCCAGAAGUACAAGCAAGACACCUUCUUCUGAGCCAGGAUUACUAAUAGAGACACACAAUGAGUGAGUCACUGUCUACACUGAAAUCUCAUUUAGAAGAGCUGAAGUGCCACUUUACAUGGGGGCUACAGGAAAAGGAUGCUGAUCUUGAAGAACUGGAAGAAAAACUUAACAAUCAACUGGAAUAUUUGAACAUGGAUUCUAGAGGAAGGGUUCAUAACAUGUUGGCCUACGUAAAUCACUUGAAGAAUGAUUAUGCAGAGGCUAUUGUGAAUCUCCAAAAAGCUGAGGCUAUUCUUCAGGAGUUUAAAGUAUUGGAGACCGACAUCAAAUAUCUGAUGACCUUCUCCAACUAUGCAUGGGUCCAUUACUAUCUUAAUGACAGUGAAAGAUCCAGCAUCUAUAUUGAGAAGAUACAUACUAUAUAUACACAAUCAAAAGAUCUUGUGCAAUCUGAGACCUAUGGAGAACAAGGAUGGGCUUUGGUGAAUUUUUGUAGCCAAUAUUAUGAACAAGCAAAAGACUGUUUUGAAGAGGCUCUGAAAGCAAAUCCAGAUGAUCCUGAAUGGAAUACUGGACUGGCAACUGUAGUUUAUCGUCUGGAGGAAUUUCGAAGCAAAAAUUGUCCAUCUUUGAAAAACUACUCAUUCCAACUAUUGGAACGGGCCGUUAAGCUGAAUCCAAAGGAUUCUGUGAUUAAGGUACUUCUGGCUUUGAAACUGCAGCAGUUAAAGAAGCAUGAAGAGGCAAUGAAGUAUAUUAAGGAUGCCCUAGAACCGACACCAGAUCUUCCAUAUGUGCUUCGCUAUGUUGCUAAAUUUUACAGACGAGCAGGGAUGUUUGAGGAAGCUAUUGGAGUCCUGAAGAAGGCUGUAAGCAUAACUCCUACCUCUGCUUUUCUCUAUCAUCAGCUGGGACUGUGCUACAGACAAAUGCUUAUACAAAAUAAUAGAACAGGAAGUGUUAAUAACAGAGGUCUUGACACGAAAAAAAUAAAGGAUCUAACUGAAAAGACCAUAUUUUACUUUGAAAUGGCAUUGGAAGUGAAAAAAACAUUUCUGCAUGCACAUUUUGAUUUAGCGCAAAUGUACACUAGAUCAAAUCAAUAUCAAAAAGCAGAGGAAACCUAUAAAAAGGCCACAGAGCUAACAACCACUCCUGAAUAUGAGAAGCAGCUAUCACACCUUAAUUAUGGAAAUUUUCUAGAAAAAUGGAAGAAAUCUGAAAAUGAAGCUGUAGAACAGUACAAGGAAGGGCUGCUGAUCCCUGACCAGAGUAAAUACAGACAAAAAUGUGAGACGUCUCUGAGAAGGAUAGCCGAGCAGAGGUUAAAGAGAAACCCCAGUGAUGCUUCAGGGCUUGCUUUGCUUGGGUUCAUCAGUAAGGAAAACCAUGAUCCACCCAAUAAUGAAUAUCUAGGAGUCCUCUUUGAUCUGAAGUUAAAGUUAAGAAAAUGAUUUAAAACCAUCCGUAUUGGUGGACAAGACUUUUAAAAUUUGCAUUUUUGGGAGGUCUAAACUUGUUUUAAUAGUAGUCUAGUUUUUAAUAAUAUGAGUGUCAAAUAAUUCAGUUGUGUUAUUUAUAAAACUUUAGAGAACCUAUGUCUAUAAUAUGUAUUAGUGCUGAUUGAAAAGAUAAUUUGGGGAUAUCAACUGUGGCAACAGUGGUGUAAUUAUAGAGGAUGCAGGAGUGUAUAUAUUGGAAUCUGUUGUUGAUUUGUUUAUACGUAUGUUUGGAAACUCUUCAUUUGUGUUUAAUAAAUAAUGUAUCCGAUAAUUUCCGGCUAGACAGCACAAGCUUCCACAAAGAGAUAAAGGCUAUAUUAUAGUAAUGAUAUGUCAUCAUACAUUCAUACCAGGCUGUCCCAAAUAGCCCAUGCAUGUCUGAGAAGAGAGUAGAGACAUAAAAAGGAGUAGGAGGAGCAGAAAAAGACCCAGACAAAAAUGCACUGUUUUUUAUUUGUGCAAAUAAGUGUUUAUAUUUUCCAUCAAGGUAUACACAGUUAUAACUGUUCACUGGUGGGUCUGAUCUACCAACUAUUGAAGUUUAUUAUAUAAUUAUAUACUACUAGACAUUAAGCCCGUUAAAUUAACGGGCGCUAGAACAUAUGUAGUCAAACAUUAAAAAAAAUUCGCCUGAGAUGGUCCGUGGGGCACAUGCGCAGUAGCGCAAUCCCACGGACACAGGGACUGGACGCAGAGACACUUCAACUUUAUUAUAUAGGAUACAUACAGGUUAUUUUGUUGGGGGUCCCUCUGUUAACACAUUUACUUGGUUUGAUUUUAACAUAUGUUUUUCCUAUUUUGCAUGUAUUUUACCUUUUGGACAAUAGAUGGUAUUAAUGCUGAGUAUAUAAAAAGAACAUCUUGCUGCCAUCUCAUUUAGCCUAUGAUUAAGGGGUGUUCCCAAAACAUUAGGCAUCUAUAACACACCAGCCAUCUGGCUUUUUUAAUGACUUAAAGGGCAUGUAAAGGCAAAAAAAUAUAAUCCCAUUUUUACUUUCUUUAAUGGAAAAGAAACCUAUCUCCAAUAUAUUUUAAUUAAAAAAUGUGUACCGUUUUUAUAAGAAACCUGACUGUACGUAAUGAAAUUCUCCCUUCAUUUACUGCUGUGGAUUGGAAUUGUCAGAUGGUCCCUAACUGCUGAGCAGGGAAAUAAUCAUACUUAUGAACAGCAGGGGGAGCCCCCGCCAUACUUCCCAGCCAUGCAGAACUCAAGCAGCUUUGUUUAUGAUGAUCCCUAAGCAGCCCAGACCACACUGAACAUGUGCACAGUCUUAGUCUUGCAAAGAUGUUUAACAAAGUUACAAGAUGGUGACCCCCUGUAGUCAACUUUGAAAGCAUAAAUUAUUUGUUUGAUUAGGCUUGUGGUGCAGUAAGUUCAUGUUUAUAUUUAGUAUACAAAAUACAGCAUUUCUAGCCUUAUUCUAUUUUAAUCUUUAUAUGCCCUUUAAUAAACAUUUGUUUUUAUUUUA